CCGCAAUGAGUUUGUACGAUUAAAAGUUUAUGUCUAUUCGCGUUUUUCAAAGCUUUCCCGAUUCCCGUAGCUGUCCCACUGUACAGGUGAGUAACCGCUCAGCUUGCCGCACGAUGCGUCCGUUCUCCGGCAGCGAUUGCCUUAAGCCCGUCACCGAGGGCAUCAACCGGGCCUUCGGCGCCAAGGAGCCCUGGCAGGUGGCCACCAUCACGGCCACCACGGUCCUGGGAGGCGUUUGGCUCUGGACUGUGAUAUGCCAGGAUGAAAAUCUUUACAUCCGUGGCAAGCGUCAGUUCUUUAAGUUUGCCAAGAAGAUUCCUGCAGUACGUCGUCAGGUGGAGACUGAAUUGGCCAAGGCCAAAAACGACUUCGAGACCGAAAUCAAGAAGAGCAACGCCCAUCUUACCUACUCGGAAACUCUGCCCGAGAAGGGACUCAGCAAGGAGGAGAUCCUCCGACUGGUGGAUGAGCACCUGAAGACCGGUCACUACAACUGGCGUGAUGGUCGUGUUUCUGGCGCAGUCUACGGCUACAAGCCCGAUCUGGUGGAGCUCGUCACUGAAGUGUACGGCAAGGCCUCCUACACCAAUCCCUUGCACGCAGAUCUUUUCCCGGGAGUUUGCAAAAUGGAGGCGGAGGUAGUGCGCAUGGCAUGCAACCUGUUCCAUGGAAACUCAGCCAGCUGUGGAACCAUGACCACCGGCGGUACCGAAUCCAUUGUGAUGGCCAUGAAGGCGUACAGGGAUUACGCUAGAGAGCACAAGGGAAUCACCAGGCCGAACAUCGUGGUGCCUAAGACGGUCCACGCGGCCUUUGACAAGGGCGGUCAGUACUUUAAUAUCCACGUGAGAUCCGUGGAUGUAGAUCCGGAGACCUACGAAGUGGACAUUAAGAAGUUCAAACGUGCCAUUAAUAGGAACACGAUUCUGCUGGUUGGGUCUGCUCCGAACUUCCCCUAUGGAACCAUUGAUGACAUCGAAGCUAUCGCCGCUCUGGGCGUUAAAUACGACAUUCCCGUGCACGUGGACGCCUGUCUGGGCAGCUUUGUGGUGGCUUUGGUCCGCAACGCCGGCUACAAGCUGCGUCCCUUCGACUUUGAGGUCAAGGGAGUGACCAGUAUCUCCGCUGAUACCCACAAGUACGGAUUCGCACCUAAGGGAUCGUCGGUGAUCCUUUACUCAGACAAGAAGUACAAGGACCAUCAGUUCACUGUGACCACUGACUGGCCUGGCGGCGUGUAUGGUUCCCCCACAGUCAACGGCUCCCGUGCAGGUGGUAUUAUCGCCGCCUGCUGGGCUACCAUGAUGAGCUUUGGCUAUGAUGGUUAUCUGGAAGCCACUAAGCGCAUUGUGGAUACGGCGCGCUAUAUCGAGAGGGGAGUUCGCGACAUCGAUGGCAUCUUUAUCUUUGGCAAGCCAGCUACUUCUGUGAUUGCCCUGGGUUCCAAUGUGUUUGACAUUUUCCGGCUAUCGGACUCGCUGUGCAAACUGGGCUGGAACCUGAAUGCCCUGCAGUUUCCAUCUGGCAUCCACCUGUGCGUGACGGACAUGCACACACAGCCCGGAGUGGCGGAUAAAUUCAUUGCCGAUGUGCGCAGCUGCACGGCGGAGAUCAUGAAGGAUCCCGGCCAGCCCGUGGUUGGAAAGAUGGCUCUCUACGGCAUGGCCCAGAGCAUACCCGACCGUUCGGUGAUCGGAGAAGUGACUCGCCUAUUCCUGCACUCCAUGUACUACACUCCCAGCCAGAAAUAGACACCAGGAGCAAUCCCCGUUCUCUUCGCCCACCCCACGGAGCUAAUGCAUUUCCUGUGCUGUAUUUAAACCACCAAAACACCCCGUCGUUAAACCUUCCUCAAGAAAUUUAUAUUAGGCUGCAAUUAGUGCUGUAAUCGAGGGUACAAAACAUCGUUCUACGCGAAAAUCUAUCUAUCUAUGUUCAUCCCAUUUGUCAACAUUCGUCGCUCUAAGAGCCAUGUUAUUAAAGUGUUUUUCUGUGUAACUUGCUAGUGAAAUAAUAAUAUAAUAUUAAUCAAUUUUUGUGUACUAAA